AUGACUAUUGAUGAGGAUGUGCGGGAAAUUUCCCCAUAUUUUCAGGUAAGGCAAACUACAUGGGGAGGUAGGGCUUGUUUUAGUAGCAGUAAUAUUCCUGAAGGAACAACAGUUUUGCAAGCUGCUCAUUUCACAGGAUCAUCCAUUUCCUACGAAUUUAGAAAGGAAGUUUGCCACAAUUGUUUCGCGUACGAUAAUGCGAGAACCAUGAAGUACAAACUGAACUAUGAUUCUAUUAAAAAUCUGAUCUGCGGAGCGGGUUGUCAGAUCAAUCCCCAAAAGUUCCUCGGCGCUGGAUUAUGGUUUUGCUCGGAAUGUUGCAGAGAUUCUUAUCUUCAAAUACCGAAUAUCGUUGAACUGAUCGAGUUUUAUGAGAUAUUAUUGCGCCAUUUCCCAAAUAUGUUGAAAAGAUAUAAUACUACUACCGAACAAGAGACAAAAUUAAAUACCGUCUCGAUUUCAGAAAGCAUUAUACAGUCUGCAUGGGACGAAAUUGAAAACGAUUGGAUACCAAGCAUCGAUAACAUGAAAGGAACCAAAAAAAUAAACCAAUUACCACCAAUUUCAGAAGACGAGUACUGUUGUAUUAGGUUUGUUUGCGAAAGUUUGUUUAAUUUGAAACACAUGGACCCUCAGUCUAUAACGCAACGAACUUUCAAUAUGCUGCAAUCCAAUGAGCUUGGUAAAAUAUCGAGAUUUCCUGUCUUGUUACAUUUCCAAAAGCUAGUGUUUCAAACACUCUACAUUCUGUUACCUUCACAUUUGCACAAAAUGCUCACAAUACCAUUGUUAAGACAUAUUUUAGGUACAGAAUAUGGGAACGCAUUCGGCAUAUGGCAAGACGGUGAAGCUGCUGAAAGUAGAGAGUAUUUUGGUUACUGGGUAUUCCCAGAGGCCUCUUACUUCAAUCAUUCUUGCAAUCCCAAUGUGACUAAAUAUCGCAAAGGUAAUUCAAUGGUGUUCAAGGUCAAUAAAGACAUCAAAGAAAACGAGCAGAUAUGUAUAGAUUAUUCCGGAGUGUUGGCCGUACCAACUAAAAAGCGUCGGAAGUUUUUGGCUGACAGCUGGUUUUUUGAUUGUGCUUGUGAGAGGUGUAACUCAGAAUUGCAAUCUGUCCAUUAA